CUCCUUCAUUGCGAGUUAAUGAGUGACGCCAAAAACCGCGUCAGAAACGCGCUUUGCUGGAAGCAGCUAAGAACCGUUCCCCGGUCAGCCAGCCAUCCAGGCUCCCAGGUUGGUUACAACUUGCAAGGUUGCAAGGUCUGAGCUGCGUCUCCAGCUGCCAGCUUUUUGUUUGCCAGGUUUUUGUACUCCUUUCCACUCCUGCUCCCACUCAAUUGCUUUCGAGAAUCACUUCUCACUACUUUUUCGACUUUAUCAUCUCGGAAUCGGUGGAAUUUGGCCGUUAUCAACCAAAUCAACCAACCGACCAGGGCUCAAAGCACGCCCGUUUGUCUUCAAAAUUGAAGUCGUCAAGCUUUUCUCCAUUCCCUCCGCCAUUUCAACGACUUCCCUCUCCACCCACCAUCGACUUUUCUCUCGCUGUGUAAAGCAACUAGUUGUUUCUUCUUCGACUCCACUCAACCGCCGCUUCUUAUCCCGCCAUCCAGUCCACAGAAUGUCCACUCUCAAGCGGAAGGCUGGCGCCGAUGCCGGUGCGGAGUCAAAGAAGCCCAAGCAAGGCAACAUCAUGUCCUUCUUUGGCGCCCCCAAGUCAUCACCCACACGCGCCAACGCAGCACCCGAGCCUACGCCCGCCAAGUUCGACAAGGCGAAAUGGGCAGCCUCCAUCACCCCCGAGCAGCGGGCGCUACUCCAACUCGAGAUUGACACCCUGCACGAGAGCUGGUUCUCCCUGCUCAAGGACGAGCUCAUCAGCAGGGAGUUCCUCGAGCUCAAGAAGUUCCUCCAGCGCGAGGCGGCCGCCGGCAAGACGGUGUUUCCCCCACGAGAGGACAUCUACAGCUGGUCCCGCCACACCCCCUUCUCCACCGUCAAAGUCGUCAUCCUCGGCCAAGACCCCUACCACAACCACAACCAAGCGCACGGCCUCGCCUUCUCGGUCCGCCCCCCGACCCCGGCCCCCCCCUCCCUCAAAAACAUGUACAUCGCCCUAAAGAACGACUACGCCGCCUUCACCCCACCCCCCAACAAGGCCGGCCUGCUCACCCCCUGGGCCGAGCGCGGCGUGCUGAUGCUCAACACCUGCCUGACGGUGCGCGCCCACGAGGCCAACAGCCACUCCAACCGCGGCUGGGAGCGCUUCACCCAGCGCGUCAUCGACCUGGUCGCGGCGCGCCGCGCGCGGGGGGUGGUGUUUAUGGCCUGGGGCACGCCCGCGGGCAAGCGCGUGGUCAAGGUGGAUCAGAAGAAGCAUUUGGUGCUGAAGAGUGUGCACCCGUCGCCGCUGUCCGCGGCGAGGGGGUAUUUUACGUGCGGGCAUUUUAAGGCGGCGAAUGAGUGGCUUGCGAAGAGGUAUGGGGAGGGCGGGAGGGUGGAUUGGGCGCUGGUGGAGGGUGGGAGUGUGUUUGGCGGGGAGGCGGAGAAGAAGGAGAAGGAGGAUGCCAAGGUGAAGGCGGAGGCGGAGGAUGAGGAUGAGAGGGCGAUGGCGGAGGCGGAGGCGGAGGCGGAGGCGGAGGAGGGGAGGGAGGUGAAGGUCGAGGGGGAGGUGGUGGAAGACGGUGUGGUGAAGAAGGUUGAGGCGGCGGCUACGGCUGGGGGGGAUGCUGAGAACAAGGAGAAGGUGAACGAAACGGGCGUGGAGACGAAGGGGCCGGUCAAGACCGCUGACGGUGAAGAAAAUGCUGCGCCCGAGGUUGAGGCUUGAGGCUUGCGCUUGGGCUCUUCGGGGUUUGGUCUCUUUUGUCGACACGGAGGAUUAUGAAUGGUCGUUUUACCUGUUGGAUUAUCUAUGCCAGUCGAUGGAGCUGGGGGUGCCUUCAUCCAGGGCAGGUUUGUGUCACUCGAGCGUUGGGCUGAGUCGUCCCGUCAGUUGAAGGCCUCUUGCCAGACGGUCUCAGAUAGACGGGUUGGGGAUUUCAUGUGGGAUUAUUACAGCUG